AUGUCUCGGCCUCUAGAGGGGAAAUUCGGCAUCGUCACGGGGGGCUCCCGGGGCAUCGGCGAGGCCAUUGCCCGUAACCUGGCCGAAAAGGGCUGCUCGCUCCUCCUGAACUUCACGUCGGAGUCCUCGCGCGCGCGCACCGAGGAACUCUGCGCCUCGCUGGCCACGACACACUCGAUCCGCUGCGUCGCGGUGCAAGCGGACCUCGAGCGCGCCGAAGAAGCGGUCCCACAGAUCCUGGCGGCCGCAACGGACCACUUCACGUCGGCGGCGGGCAGGUUCCAAAUCGACAUCCUCAUCAACAACGCCGGCGUCUCCGCCGACCGCUGCCUCAACGACCCGGCCAAGGGCCCCAUCGACCGCGACCACUUCACCUGGCACUACAGCAUCAACGUGCUCGCGCCGCUGCUGCUCACGCAGGCCUGCGCCCCCUUCCUCCCCACCGACCGCUCCGGCCGCAUCGUCAACAUCUCCUCCGUCUCCUCCAGCAUCGGCUUCGCCGGCCAGACCGUCUACGGCGGCACCAAGGCGGCGCUCGAGGCCAUGACGCGCUCGUGGGCGCGCGAGCUCGCCGACCGCGCCACCGUCAACGCCAUCAACCCCGGCCCCGUCGUCGGCGACAUGUACUUCAAGACCGGCGAGGGGUUCUGGCGUCAGAUGCAGGGCUUCCAGGACGCGACGCCGCUGAGCAAGAUCGUCGAGGAUGAUUCGCAGCUCGCAGCCUUGGCUCCGGAGCAGAUCCGCUUGAUUCGUGAGAAGAUGGGUGGCCGUCGACCUGGGUUCACGAGUGAGGUGGCCGGUGUGGUCGGGAUGCUGUGCACGACGGAUGGGCGGUGGUGUACGGGGAGUGUGGUGUGUGCGAAUGGAGGCAUGAGGAUGGGAUUCUAG